UUGGGAUGCAGCUAGAAGGGUCCUUUUCUACAGUUUACUGCCAAAACAUAUUUAGCUGUUAAUUCGGCAAUCUGACUAAAGUAUGACUUCACUUGAUAUGCUGAAAAACUCAUAAAAACUCGGUAAUUCACGAAACCGUGCCUGGUCCUGCGUUUUCAGUCGCUAAAACGUUAGGUCUAUCCGUGCGUUUCUGUGUGUGUAUGAGUGUUGUGUGAUGACGCGAUGAUCCGCAAGCCAUAGAGGGAUCGAUGGAGACUGGUAUAGAUGGAGACAUACCGAUAGAGGGAGGGAAGAAAGACAUCGUGGCACUAGAACUGUAGUGUAUGGGAAUAUCAAGUAGAGAGAGAAAGAGAUAAAUAUAGCAUCAACAACGAGAGAGAUAGUGAGAGAGAGAACACGGGCUGUGAAUUCGCGGACGACAUGAGAUUUCUACAUGAAUAGUAUAAAAUGCUUUAAAACUAAGCGUUUUGCCUUACAAACGUGUUGUCAGACGACAGCCACUAAAACAGGACUACACAUCAAGUCCAGGCAGUAGGGGGCAGCAUGCCUGAGCAGAGUAAUGACUACAGGGUGGUGGUGUUUGGAGCGGGGGGAGUGGGGAAGAGCUCCCUGGUCCUACGCUUCGUUAAAGGCACCUUCAGGGACACCUAUAUUCCCACUGUGGAGGACACCUAUCGACAGGUGAUUAGCUGUGAUAAGAGUGUGUGUACGCUCCAGAUAACUGAUACAACAGGCAGUCACCAGUUCCCUGCCAUGCAGAGGCUGUCCAUAUCUAAAGGACAUGCCUUCAUACUGGUCUACUCUGUAACCAGCAAACAGUCACUGGAGGAACUCAAGCCUAUCUACCAACAGGUGAUAGCCAUAAAGGGGAACAUAGAGGCCAUCCCCAUCAUGUUGGUGGGCAACAAGAGUGAUGAGACCCAGAGAGAGGUGGAGACUAAAGAUGGAGAGGCACAGGCGACCACGUGGAAGUGUGCGUUCAUGGAGACGUCAGCUAAGACCAACCACAACGUGACCGAGCUGUUCCAGGAGCUGCUCAACCUGGACAAGAAGAGAAACAUGAGUCUCAACAUCGACGGGAAACGGUCCGGAAAACAGUCCAGAGCUGAGAGACUGAAGGGAAAAUGUAGUGUCAUGUAGAGAGGAGGAGAGGAGAGAGGGAUGGAGGAAGGGAGGAAGGAAGGAAGGAAGGAAGGGAGGAACGGAGGUAACAAGGAAGACAGAAAGUGUGAGGAUAGAAGAGAAGGAAUGGGAGAGGGAGAGAAAGAGAAGAGAGUGAAGAGACCUCAGGACCACUGGUGGGUUCUAUACCUCACCCUCUCCCUAUCCUCCUCUCUCAUCUCCUGUCUGCCUGACCAGGGUCCUAACCAUCCAUACAGUCCCACUGUAGUGAAAAGAUUUGGGGGGUAGUCUGAACACGACUCGAACCCGCAACCCUGCAUCUGUCAGCAUCAGUCCAACACCUCAGCCAUUACGCCGUGAGGUCCCAACCACUUGGUGAGGUCACUAGAUGUUACACUAGGGACACUCCAACAUAAUGUACAUAUCCUAUGUAUACCUGGCCUCCCUCCCUAGCACCUCUGAAAGACACAGACAGUAUACCCCACGAACCGUCUCUGUCAUCAUGCUAAAUGGAGAAUCCUCUUAACUCCUCAUUCAAAAUGGCUUCUAAAUCAUUUCUUGAACUGGAGAAAUGUUGAACUUCUGACAUCAACAAUCCCUCUAAGACUUUAGCUCAGUGUUAAAACAAGGGAAGGGACUUGGAAUCCGAGGAAAGAGAACCUGGGGAAGAAAGAUGUGGUAGUUGGACUGAAAUGUUAAAAAGUCUGCCUGGGACACUUGGUAGUUGGACUGAAAUGUUUAAAAGUCUGCCUGGGACACUUGGUAGUUGGACUGACAUGUUAAAAAGUCUGCCUGGGACACUUGGUUGGACUGACAUGUUAAAAAGUCUGC